AUGACAAUUAACACUAACAAGUUCCUCCUUUUAUCAUUAUUGUGCUUAGCAUUCUUAUGGACGGUAGUAAUAUGUCAGAAUAGUUUAAAUAUUAUCAGAGAGUGGGUUCAAUUGGAGUUCGUAUAUCCUAAUGAAGAGGCUCGCGUCAGGGCUGUAACUAAUAAGUAUUUUGUUCCCGAGGUUUCAAUACCUAUUGAUGUCGAUGUAUAUUAUGGAUACGGGACACAAAACCCACGUAUCUUCAUAACAGUACCUCGGUUUGAUGUUGGUCGACCGAUAACUUUGGGUACGGUUGGUGAAGAUGGUCUCAUAUCGGGUUACCCAGACUACUCCUGGCACGACAAUCAAGGAAGAAAUUGUAAAGGACUUACCUGUGUUUUCGGGGUGACGAUAGACAAUUGUCAUCGACUAUGGGUGGUGGACACUGGCAAGAUUGGAAAUCAACAGAAGUGCCAGCCGCAAAUACUGGCAUUCGACUUAAAAACAGAUCAAUUAAUUUACCGCUACAGAGUGCCUUCAGAAAAUUUUAUAGCAACAACAAGAUUUGUAGCCCUAGUGGUGGACGUAAGAGGUUCUGGUCCAAAUCAAUGUUCUGACACAUUUGUAUAUGUAGCUGACCUGUCUGGCUUUGGGCUAUUAGUGGUAGACGUCGCUAGAGAUCGUUCUUGGAGAGUCACUCAUCCUUACUUCUUCCCAUAUCCUUCCCGCGGCAGUUUUUUUUUGGAAGGUGAAAGUUUCGACAUCAUGGACGGUGUUUUGGGCAUGGCCCUAUCAUCAUAUGUUGAGGGAUCUGAUCGUUUGUUAUAUUUCCAUGCAUUGGCUUCCACUACCGAAAAUGUAGUGAGAACAAGCUUAUUACGAAAUGAUUCAUUUAUUGAAGACCCCAAUGCCAAUCCCGAUUCUAUAAAAGUCUUCCAAGCAGAACGUCCAAGUCAGUCUGGGGCAGAAGCAAUGGGUGAUGAUGGCUUUUUAUAUUUCGGUCUUGUAGAACCUCCCAGCAUGUGGUCCUGGAACACGUCCACUAAAUUCUCUCCCUAUAAUUUUAAUGAGAUCGCAGUCAGCGGAGAAUUAUUACCAUUUCCAUUGGGUGUGAAUAUUGUUCACAAUCCUAUAGGUCAUCAAGAAUUGUGGGUCCUGACAUCGAACUUUCAUAGAGCGUUUUCUGGGAAUCUAACGUCAGACAGAAUAAAUUACUCAACUACUACACGAGGACAUUUUAUUGGACUGCCUGGUCGGUUUCAAAGCUCCCGCAUAUAUAACUAGAGUUCCUAGCGUCAAAGCCGAUGACAAGGAAUUACAAGUACCACCCUCUGAAGAUGCUGAUUUCUUGAUACGAUAUGCUUCCUGCCACAUGUCAAUCAAAUUUUUACUAUACAGAGUUUGUGUUGAAAGCAACAUAUCAAUAUUGAUGUCCUAAAACUAUUUCUUGUAAAGAGAAAAUAUUAUUAAUUUGCUAUAAGUUUAUUAAAU